AUGAGGGUUGCGCUUCUUUGCUCCGGGGCCGCUCUGGGCCUGGCAAGCUUCACUGCUGCCCUGGGGGCACCCAAAAGCUAUUCCGUCGAUAGGACUUACAGUCUCAUGUCUGACCUGGGAACGAACUUCACGGUUUACGAGCAUGCGGCGACGGGCUCUAGAACGAGAUAUGUCCAGGACUCGGGAAUCUGCGAGACGACCAAGGGUGUAAAGCAAUACUCUGGCUACUUCGACGUGGGUACCGACCAAAACAUGUUCUUCUGGUUCUUCGAAGCGCGCAAAGACGCGAAUAUGGCCCCCGUUGCUCUGUGGCUGAACGGCGGUCCGGGCUGCAGCUCCAUGCUCGGCCUCUUCCAAGAAAACGGACCUUGCACCUUCAACAAGGCCCCCGGCGCAGAGCCCGUCUUGAACCCCAACUCGUGGAACAAUGUCGCCAACAUGCUCUACGUGGACCAGCCAAUCGGGUCCGGUUUCAGCUACGGCACGAGUGAUACAGACAGCACCGUCAAGGCCGCGCCAAAAGUCUGGGCGUUGAUGCAGUCCUUCUACAGCAAAUUCCCCGAUUACAAGGGCCGUGAAUUCGGUCUGUUCACCGAGUCAUACGGUGGCCAUUACGGCCCAGAGUUUAUCGACCACUUCCAGUCUCAGAAUGAUGCUAUCGACAAGGGCACCGUCAAGGGGGAGAAGAUCAAGAUUGUAGCUCUCGGUAUCGGAAAUGGCUGGAUUGAUCCAGUUGUGCAGUACAAGGACUACGUGGAGUAUGCGGUCAACAACACGUAUAACAAGAUCAUUGACCAGGGCAAGUUUGAUGAGCUUAUGCAGGCCUAUGAAAAGGAUUGCAAGCCUGCGAUGGCGAAGUGUACUGGUCUCGAGGGACAGAACGACGCCUGCGUGGCCGCCGAGACCGCCUGCUACAACGCGGUCGAGGCACCCAUCGAAGCCGCCAAGACUUUCAACGUGUACGACGUCAGAGCACAGGACGACAAGUUCCCUCCUGAAACUUAUCAAGAGUACAUUAAGAAGCCCGAGAUUAUGAAGGCGAUUGGCGCCAAGUCUGAGUAUAAAGAGUGCCCCCAGGCGCCUUACGACAAAUUCACUUCGACUGGCGACGGCCAGCGAUCGUUUCUUAACAAACUUCAAGACAUUACUAAGAAGGACGUCCAAGUUCUUAUCUGGGCCGGUGACGCUGACUUUAUAUGCAACUACAUUGGCAACUACAACGCGGCGAAGAAGAUUGGCGGCGAGGAGUUUGAAAAGGCAGAGAUGAAAGAUUUCAACCUCAAUGGCAAGAAAAUGGGCGAGUACAAGAACGUCAAGAACUUGAGCUGGUUGAGGGUUCACGAGGCGGGCCAUGAGGUGCCUGCGUACCAACCAGAGGUCGCCCUCGAAGCGUUUAAACAGACCAUGGCUAGGAAAGUCAAAGGCAAUGGCAACAGACUGGACAGAGAAACCCACACAGUCUCCAGGCUGCACCUCAUGGCCCAAGACAAGUCAACCACCUACUACAACUCACUUGACAACCAGAUCAACUACCUCUCGCGCGAGAUUGUACACACCAUCCGCCACAAGGUCAAUAUGCCGCGCUUGGAGGCGACUGAUGAGGGCCCGGGCUUCGAGAUUGAGGUUCAUCACCGCCAAACCUCGCACAAUCCCGACGUCGCCCACCUGAAGUGGGACGUCGACGUCUUGCACAAAAAGAUGCCAGCGUACAGAAUGCAGCACGCCGUUAUCGAGUACGAAGACUAUGGAAGAUUUCUUCCGGCCAUCGGUCUCGUUGUCAAGCGCAAUGGCAAGUGGCGCCAUGUCUUCUCUACCCUCAAGACCUUGGAGGCAGUCAGCAUCUAG